AUGGAUUUGGUAAAUUCUGCAGAAUCCUUCAGGCAAAAGGCCCUAAAACCCAUCUUGAAGCAGACACAGGCGAAGAAGAACGAUUAUGGCAACAAGAACGAGAAAGCAGGGAAGAACGAGGAAACGACAUCGUCAUACCCGACCACCGUUGUCUUGAAGAUCGACAUGCACUGUGACGAAUGCGCAUCAAAAAUCAUCAAAUGCCUACACGCUUUCCGAGGCGUGGAAUGUUUGAAGCCGGAGAUUAAGACCGAAAGCGUUGACCCCAUCAAACCAAAGGACAAGCUUUCUGGGAAGGCGAAGAAGAAUGUUGAUGUUGCCUCUCCUCCUCCCAACAAGGACAAGGAAAACAAACCCAAAAACAACGAAAAGAAAACCAAAGAAAAAGAGGCUCCGGCGACAACAGCGGUGCUGAAGGUGUUUAAUCUUUGUCCAUGCCAAGGUUGCUCCAAUAAGAUUCGCAGGGCUGUGUUGAAAUUCAAAGGGGUUAAGGAAGUGAGUACAGAUAGGGAGAAGGGAAUGGUGAUGGUUAAGGGCACAAUGGACGUGCCAGCUCUGGUGCAGAAGUUGUCGGAGAAGUUUAGGAGGAAGGUUGAGGUGGUUCCUCCCAAGAAGGAGAAGGAAAAAGAG